UGUACUACCCAGUGAAUAAGCGAGAAAAGAAAAAAAGUUAAAGAUGGCAGGUAUCGCGCAUCGUGCCGGGCCUGGCGCGGAAAGAGUAUUACAAAAGUUAAGAAAAUCUAUCGAAGAUGGCAACUACUACGAGGCGCAUCAAAUGUACCGGACACUAUAUUUUAGAUACAUGGGCCAAGAAAGAUAUGAGCCUCUACUAAAGCUUUUGUAUGAUGGCGCAAUGUUGUUAUUCCAACAUCAACAACAUUCAAGUGGAGCAGAUUUAGCAAAACUGUAUGUUGAAGUCCUACAGAAAGCAAAAUUGAAUGUUCAAAAGGAUAUCAUCAAUAAUCUAGCUGAUAUGAUGUCAAAAAUACCUUCAUCUGCACCAGAGAGACAAGCCUUCCUAAUGGCAGCAUUGAGCUGGUCCCAGAAUGAAAAUCCAGAAUCUAAAAAGUUCGAAGGACAUCCUCAACUUCAUCAGAUGGUUGCCAAUAUUUACUGGAGAGAAACUAACUAUCACAUGGCAAGAUAUCACUUCAUCAGGUCAGAUGAUAUGGAAAAUUUGGGCUCCAUGCUGGUGGAAAUCCAAGUUGAUCUUGGUUAUCCAUCUGAAAUUGACCUUUUUGUGACACAAGCAGUACUGCAAAUUCUCUGUAUAAGGAACCUCACUUUUGCAAAUUCACUCUUUGAUAAUUACUUGGAACACCACCCAUUAUUGGGUAAUGAGCCACCCUUCAAUUACCCUUUGCUUAACUUUACAUGGAUGUUGUUGCUUGCCAUUCGGAGUACCAAAUUAUCAGCCUUUGCCAUACUUUGUGAGUAUUACCAACCUAGCCUUAAACGCGACCCCUCUUACAAAGAUUAUCUUGACAGAAUUGGGCAGAUUUAUUUUGGAAUGCCACCUCCAAGAGGGAUGUCCAACCAAGGGAUGUUUGGCAAUCUGAUUCAGUCACUAAUAGGCAGUUUGGAUGGUGAUUCUGAUUCUGAAGAUAACAUUGCCAGGUCAAAUCUCCAUAGUUCAGACCUGGAUUAGGGUUCUAGUGUUAAUGUUGCAAUUUAAAUUGUUGAUCGGUGUAUGAGGAAACGAAUUACAAGAUAUGUAAUGUUUA